AUGCUCAAAUUCCGAACGAGUGGGUUCAGUGGCUACUCAGUAGCGUACUCGCCAUUCUAUGACUCUAAGAUUGCGGUAGCUACAGCCGCCAAUUUCGGGCUUGUGGGUAAUGGACGACUGUAUGUGCUCGAUAUUGGAGGCGACGGAGUGAUUCGUCCGCAGGCACAAUUCGAUACUCAGGAUGGUCUGUUCGGCCUUUCCUGGUCAGAGUCUCAUGAAAAUCAUAUAAUAACUGCCAAUGGAGACGGCAGUCUCAAGUUGUUUGAUAUCACCACCAAACAGCAGUUCCCACUCCAGGUGUAUCAUGAACAUUCAAGAGAGGUGUUCAGUGUCAAUUGGAAUAUGAAAGAUAAAACAAUUUUCUGCUCUGGAUCUUGGGAUGGAACUAUUAAAGUAUGGUCACCAGGUCAUUGUUCUAAUUCAGUGAUGACGUUCAAUGCCAAUAUCAACCAGACAAAUAUCGGUCCUGGAACUGGUCCGUGUGCUGUGGAUGGACCAGGCGCCGCUGCAAUGGCUGCUACUGUUCCAUUACUAAGAUCUGAAGGAGCAGGAACACCUCAACAACAGCAACAACAACAAGCCCUGCGGAAAUCGGCUGCUAACUGUGUAUACAGUGCCAAGUUCUCGCCCUAUGAACCGACUAUUAUUGCAUCUACACAUUCCGACUCGUCUCUCAAAGUAUGGGACACUCGACAGUCGGCUGGUUCAGGCCAUCCUGUUUUAAGCAUUCCUGAAGCACAUCUUGGAGGAGACUGUUUAUCAGUUGACUGGAACAAGUACCGACCAACGGUGCUGGCGACAUCUGGUGUUGACAAAGCUAUCAAAAUAUGGGAUACUCGAAAUGCCCGUUCGCCAAUCAACGACCUGCGAGGCCACGAGUACGCUGUGCGGUCUGUAUCGUGGUCACCUCAUUCCGGAGACACACUUCUAUCAACUUCAUACGACAUGACCGCCAGAGUCUGGCGCGAUACCAGUGCAUCACCCAACCAAGCUCCUCAUAACCCACGCUUCAACCCCACCAAGGGGCUCCAAAAAGUGUUCGGAGCACACACCGAGUUCGUCUUCGACUGCGACUGGAGCAUGUGGGGCCAACCCGGCUGGGUCGCUACUACAGGCUGGGACGAAAUGGUCUACAUCUGGCAUGCGGAGUCCUAA